AACCGUAAUAAUUUAAAUAACUAUAUUAUUGCUCUUUUAUUUCGUCAUUAUUUUUUUAAAUUUUCAAAUCAAUUUCGUUACAUUGGUAGCCAUUAGAAGUAAAGUGAUUGAUUUGACUGUUGUAGUGAAACAAAUUUGAAACGUUCCAGUCUGAAGUGUGUAGCUAACUGCUCAAUAUAACUGUCAAUCUGGGUGUAGAAAUUUAUUUGUAAUUUUCACCGGUUCUCAUGUGUAAUUCCAUUAAGUGUUAGACCAUAUUUGAACAAGGGUUCGUUGCGAAAUAAUGUUCUAUGGUGUACGUGGUGCCUAAAUCAGUGCUAAAAUGGAUGACGGAACUGUGAAGAUCCAGUCUGGGAUUAACAUCAACAUCAAAAGAACAGAUGGCCGCAUUCACUCCGCCAUCGUGUCCGGCGUCAGCCUGGAGACGCGCUCGGUCACCGUGGAGUGGUACGAGCGCGGCGAGACCAAGGGCAAGGAGGUGGAGAUCGACGCCAUCCUCGCGCUCAACCCGGAGCUGGCCGGCUCGAGGCACACGCCGCAUCUACAGCCUAUGCCUAAUAAAAUUACACGGGAGGCAUCGGGCUCCUCGUCGGACGACGGCGGGUUCCUGGCGGGCGCGGAGGGCGAGGGCGCCGGCGAGUCCGGCCACACGCUGCCCGUGCGCAACUCUCGGACGGACAUGACUCGACAAUCCAUCCACCAAUCCAUCCCAGUGCCCACGAAAGCUCCGUCAUCGCGGACGACGCGCAACAACCAGGUGCGCAUGUCCAAUGCGCCCGGCUACACGAACGGACACGGCGGCGACACGACGGGGCGGCGGGGGGCGGAGAACGUGCCGCCCCCCGCGCAGCCGCCCGCGCCUGUGCCUAAUGUAUCCAGAGUCACGCAACAGCAGGCACCAAUGUCAUGCAACUCGCGCACCGGCAGCGUCGCCUCAGUCGUGUCGGCUUUACCUGCCAACUUAACUUCCCGCAAGAACAAAGAGUUCAACGCAUCAAACACGAACACCGGCCUAACUCGUGGCAACACGGGUACCGGUGCGGCGUCCAGCGCCGUGAACGUGCCACACGCCGUCUCCAGCGGCGCCGUGCGGCGGUCCAAUGUUGUCAAGGAGGUCGAGCGGCUCAAGGAAAACCGCGAGAAGCGGCGACAGCGGCAGGCUGAGCUUAAGGAGGAGAAGGAAGCCCUAAUGAACAUGGACCCCGGCAACCCGAACUGGGAGUUCCUGGCGAUGAUCCGCGAAUACCAGCAGAGCAUCGAGUUCAGGCCGCUCACCGGCAACGAGCCUGUCGAAGACCACCAGAUUACCGUGUGCGUGCGCAAGAGGCCACUCAACAAGAAGGAGCUUACGAAAAAAGAGGUGGACGUGAUCAGUGUGCCCACACGCGACCAGAUGAUCGUCCACGAGCCCAAGAACAAGGUGGACCUCACCAAGUACCUCGAGAACCAGAAGUUCCGCUUCGACUACGCGUUCGACGACAACUGCACCAACGAGAUCGUCUACAAAUAUACGGCAAAGCCGUUAGUGCAGACGAUAUUCGAAGGCGGUAUGGCGACGUGUUUUGCCUACGGACAGACGGGCUCUGGCAAAACACACACCAUGGGUGGAGAUUUCCAGGGCAAGACACAGGACUGCAAGAAGGGUAUCUACGCGAUGGCGGCGCGCGACGUGUUCGCGUACCUCAAGUCGCCCAAGUACAAGCCCCUCAACCUCAUCGUGUCUGCUUCCUUCUUCGAGAUCUACUCCGGCAAGGUUUUCGACUUGCUAGCAGACAAGGCGAAACUGCGAGUACUGGAAGACGGCAAGCAGCAAGUUCAGAUCGUCGGACUCACGGAGAAGGUGGUGGACAACGUGGACGAGGUGCUCAAGCUCAUCCAACACGGGAACGCCGCCAGGACCUCUGGACAGACGUCGGCGAACUCGAACUCGUCUCGGUCGCACGCGGUGUUCCAGAUCGUGGUGCGGUCGCCGGGCAUGCACCGCGUGCACGGCAAGUUCUCGCUCAUCGACCUCGCCGGCAACGAGCGCGGCGCCGACACCUCCUCCGCCAACCGACAGACCAGAAUGGAAGGCGCUGAAAUCAACAAAUCCCUGCUCGCUCUCAAAGAGUGCAUUAGGGCGCUAGGCAUGAAAGGCAACCACUUGCCGUUCCGAGCGUCGAAGCUGACGCAAGUGUUACGGGACAGCUUCAUCGGCGACAAGUCGCGUACUUGUAUGAUCGCCAUGGUGUCACCAGCGCUCAACUCUUGUGAACACUCGUUGAAUACGCUACGAUAUGCUGACAGAGUGAAAGAACUGGGAACGUCGGACGCGUCGCGGCAGCGCGCGGAGUCGCCCGCCGCCGACGUGGAGAUGGAGCCCGAGCACGACGACCUCGCGCAGCUGCGCUCGCUCAACGAGGGCGACAUGUCCGCCGAGAUGUACACGUUCCACGAGGCCAUCUCCGAGCUGCAGCGAGCCGAGGACGAGGUGCUCGACAACCACAAGGCCAUCUCCGACUACAUGCAGCACGCGCAGCAGCGCUGCCUGCAGCUGCUGCAGCUCACCAGGGCCGUGGACUACGACCAGGACGCAUACGCAACGCAAUGGGAGGAGCUUCUGAACGAGCAAUUGGCUGUGCUGGCGCAGUCCCGCGACCUGGUGGCCGAGUUCCGCGCCAAGAUGCAGCAGGAGGAGCACAUCAGCCGCCGCAUGCAGCCGCCGCACCACUAGCCUACAUGCUGCCCGUCUACACCCUACACGGUUGUGGCUAAUCUCACAUGUCUAUACGCUACGGUCAGGGACUUUGUUGUACCGUUCCGUACCUUGUUACAGUGAUAAUAAGAGCUGAUUUAGCCGACGCGCGAACUCGCAUGCGAUUUUAGUUACAUUGCGGACGGUCGGUUACGUCCAAUUCAACCGACCGAUCAAAAACCGCAAUGUAAUGAAACUCGCAUGCGAUCUCUCGCAUCGUCUAAACGUAAAAUCCCUAGUCACUAAAGAGUACUCCCGGUACUGAUUUUUAAACAAGAACGGAUACGGGACCGAGAAAUCCCGGCUCAUACAAAAUCAGUACCAGCAUUCCCUACUAGUGGCCUUCGUAUUGAUUAUCACUGUGACUAGGUACUAAACGGUACAUAAAUCAAGUUCCUUGACUGUUCAUAGGUCGUUGAAAUAUUCUGGUGAAUUCAAACUCUUCGGAAUCUUCGACGACUUGUGUCUUUUGGUAGCACGGAGUCGCGGCGCCGGCGAUCAGAUCGGGUUGGGUCAGUCGUAACAGAAACACUCUUAAUUGAUAUUAGAUGGGCUUUGUCUUUGGAAUAAAGUUUACGAAUUAUUAGUUAAACGAGUGGACCAUAGUGACUGGUUAUUCCUAACCGUUAUUGUGAUAAAAUAAGGUCUGCCUGUGUUCGGUUUCAUGCGUUGCUUGUUGAUAAUUUGGACGCGUUUUCGAUAUCUAAAGGUAAUAUCGAGCAUCAUAGGAAAAUCUUUGCGUGAGAUAUAAAAGUAAAUGAUAGCCAAUCAGUAACGUAUUUAUUGCGGUUUCAUUUUUUUUGUAUAUUUAACAUCAAUAUUUUUCUAUGAAGAAUGAUACGACUUCUCUGACUUAACGUUACAAAUGGCUACUAACCUAAGACUGGGCAUAUUCGGGUUGUCUAGGGCUGUUCGAGACUGAAGCUGACAGCUUUUUUGUUUAUGAGUUUAUUUUAAGAUUCUUGAUGUCAUUUUUGCUAGAAGUCAGUGUCUUUUAUUCAGCUCGUUUUCUUUGUGUUAAAUUGAAAUUUAGAAGUAUUUUUUACUGUUAGUAAUAUUGCCAUGCAUAUGAAUUAUUGACUGUCUAUUUUUGUAUUCUACUCUAACACAAUGUAACACAAUGAAAAAGUACAGUGAUCAUUCUCAUAUUAAUCAGCAUUAAUUUAUUAAAAUACAUUAACUCUUGGCGUGAAAUGAAAGAAAUUCCCGACAACUUUUCUGAACUUCAUACAGCUCAGCUCUCAAAAUAUACUAGGAAUAUUCACAAACACUGUCAUCGAAUUUCGUCAUCUCCGUUCCACGUUAUCGCUUCAAGUUCCACGAACUCUAUAUUGACCUGGCAAUUAGCGGUGGUGGCCGAGUGGAUAUGACGUCCGACUUUCAAUCCGGAGGUCGCGGGUUCAAAUCCUGGCUCGUACCAAUGAGUUUUUCGGAACUUAUGUACGAAAUAUCAUUUGAUAUUUACCACUAGCUUUUCGGUGAAGGAAAACAUCGUGAGGAAACCUGCAUACAUCUGCGAAGAAAUUCAAAGGUGUAUGUGAAGUCCCCAAUCCGCAUUGGGCUAGCGUGGGGACUAUAGCCCAAGCCCUCUCGCGCAUGAGAGGAGGCCUGUGCCCAGCAGUGGGACGUAUAUAGGCUGAAAUGAUGAUGAUGAUGAAUUAGAAUUCACAAGUUCCACGAACUCGACCUGGCGAUCAGAAUUCAAUUCUAGUUCUUAAACCUCAAGGUAGUUUUUUGGCUAGCAAAUUUUGAUAGAUAACGAAACGCAGUUUGUAGGAUAAUACAAACUAAGCUUAUGGCGUCUCCCAGUAUACAUACAUGUUGUAAAUGUCUCGGAUCUCAGCCCGCGCCUGCGCCGGCGCCGCGGGCAACUGUUCCAUUGUGUAUAAAUAUUAUCAGUACUCGUCGGACGGUAAAAGAACGUCCUAUGAUCAGUUGGCAGUUUUGUAUUUUUUAUUAUCCUUUUUUAUUUUCAUUCAAUUUCUUACGUGUGUUUUCAUGUGAAUUUUAGAAAUAAUUUAAACGGAUCUUAUUUGUUUAGAUUUCGUAAACUGAGAGUUCGGCUGUCAAAUUGAUUGGGCUGUUCAGUUAUCGUCCCUCCUGAUCUUACCAUUAUGUAAGUAGCUGGCCUGUUUAUCUUCCAUUUAAUUUUCGAAUGUCGAGUUACAGGAAUCUUCCUAGAAAUGACUUUCAAAAUCGAUUCUUCGUCAAUUAUUCUCUCCUUUUCAUUCGCACUUAGUGUGAGUGGGAGAGUUUGAGUAGAUUCGAGUUUGGCGUUAGCAUAUCUAUAUGCUUAUUUUCUAAACUUUGUAUAAACUGCGCCCUCGAAAUAUAGACCUUAUUUCGAUUGUAGUAAAAUUCGUUUUACAAAGCUUUAGAAGAUAAGCGGUAGUAUGCAAGUUAGUGUACAAUGACAUUGUCGUAACGGAUGCCGUCGCGUUGUUGAAAUGAUAGACUGUUUACUGUAAGUGUUUUAAGCACAAACCGGCGAACAUCACAAACGCGCUGUGUAUAUAAUGAUAUCGGUUAAAGACUCGCGAUCUAGUGUAUAAUGUAUAGAAUUAUCUACAAAAACUGCUACGUCAUCAUCUCAUUUAAUCGCGGCUCUUGUAGAUUUAAAUUCACUAGGUUUGGGGUCUAGGUGUCUAUUCCGAAAUGUAAAUAUAGUUUUAUCUCUUUUCUUGCCAUAGAGAAAGAGAGAGAAUAUUGUUGGAAUUUUGGAGUAGAUUCUCUGGUGCGUUCAUGGAAAAUAUUUCCUCUUAACAUAAGUGACUUAUGCAUUUGCAUUUAACUCAUCUAAUGGCCUAUCUCUUAGAGUCUUAAUGAGGAUUCUUUUUUAACCCGCCUAAAAUAAUUACGAUAUCAUUAUUUAAGUUUGUAAAUCACAAUGGUAUCUUUUUAUUUUCAUUUUAUAAUUAAUUAUCCUUUAAAUAAAACAUACAAUACAAAUGUAGAUUUAUGAGAUUAAAACGUGUUAAAAAGAAUUCUCUAGAAGACGAAAAAAUUGUAGAUAUAUUCGUAUUAAAAUGUGAGAUUGGGUGAGUACAAAGACCAGCGUGCCCAGUGGUUGUUUUGCAUGACGUUUCCAAUUGAAAUUAUAGUAACGAUUAGUUGCCAGAGCUUGAUCUAAAAACGAUUUCUUUUCAAAUUAAUUUGGUGCAUUAGAAUGCUGGUGCUUUGUCGUAAUACGAUUUAUAAUUUCAUUCGUUUCAAUUGCGUUUUUCAGAUCUAGUUCAAAUAAAUAUUACAUUGUCAGUGUGAAAUAUGCCAGCUCAAGCCGGAGACUACUUAUACGGUAUACGUUUAAUGUGCUGCCUUAUUCUGCUUGUUAUUAAUCGUUGUUUAAAUUGUAAUAAUUAUAUUCAUAUCAUUGUCAUUGUGUUUCGAUCAUACCACGACAUUAAGCACCCAAAGGUGUUGUGUAUUCGAGAGAGCAUUAGAGUGAGAAUAAACUCUUAAAUGAUGAAGUAGUAGAAAGAGUUGUUGCAUUAGUUUCGGUUUUUUUUUUGUUUAACUCAUUGUAACAUAUACUUAAGUUGAAAACUCUCCCGAGUACGUAAGACUGGUCUCAAGGAACCACGAAAAGUAGACGAAUGUACAAAAGUAAUAGACUUCAAAAUUAUUGUUGGUCUCAUUUAUCUUAUUUUCGUGUUUCUAAACAGUGCUCUAGUAUAUUAAUUGUGCCUAACAAAUGAACUAAAAUCCAUAUGCAAUGUGGGAUCGACGUGUAAAUGGUUGUGUACAUAAUUUAGUAAUGUUAAAAUUCAUUCCGUUGCUUUUAUUUUGGCGUUCCGAUUUGGUAUUGCGAUGGGGGUGGAGUGUAACCCUUGUUAUGACAACGGCACCGUAGCGUACUUUGUAUGCGUGGAUUGGGAAGGAAUGUAUUUAUGGGUUCAGGGUAAAACUCAUUGGAUUGUGUUUUUCUAUACUUAUGAAAUAGGUAUCCACUCGUUCGUACAUGAUUUAUUUGUGUACAGUAACCAGAAGUUAUAACACACUUUGUUAAAAAUCUUAAGAGGUGGACGUAUGCCUGCACAUACUGAUCCCAACAUACCUCUCUGAACCGAAAAUGCUUAAUAUUCAACCUACUAUAGAUCCAAGGACUUUUAUCCCGAAAUUGUUUGAAUUAGUGUUAACACAAACUUGUCGGAUGCCCGAUAUCUCCUCCUGCGUCCUGCAGGUUGCCAUAGCAACCCGAGGGACCGACACAUGGUAGAGACAGCCGUAACGGCCCUGGACGGAUCUGGUCCUAACCGCGAUAGGACCUAGCUUUCAACCGGGCGUGGUAGGUUUUAAAGGAAUUACUUAACAUGAGCCGACGUAAUAAAUUCUACACACAGAUUUCUCUUUUUCUAUUUAACUGUAAUUUAUUUUUACAUUACGAAUAAAAAUAGUAUCAUGUCAUAAAAAGCGUAAAAGUUUUUUUCUUAAAAAAAGAGUAAAACCGGACUCGAAUAUUUAGAAAUCAGGGUUUUAUUUUGUUUGUGAGCGGAUAUCUCAAAAUUGUUUACAUUUUAGCAUUGCCUAUGUCCAUUGACAUGAAAAUCGUAGACUAUAUUUUUGGUUUCUUACAACGGGUGCUACCUACUUCACAUGGAGCGGGCUCCUGUACGGGGGAACUACUGCGAACAUCCAUCUUCCUCUUUUCAAUAUUAACCUUUAGACCGCAGUCGGCUGUGGCAAGUUAUCAAAAUACAAUAGGGACAUACGCGGGACUCCGUAAACCUUAAAUAAUCGCGAUCGCCUGGCGUCCGGGGCACGGCAUAUUCCUUCGCCGUCUGGCGUUCAAAAGGUUAAAGGUGAUUGAAUGUCGAUGUUCGCGGUAGGCCUGCCGACGGCUGUAGAUGGCAGCCAUAUUUAUUGCUACGUGUAUGCAAGGAUUGAUACUUCUUCAAAGGUUGUCGGCAGCUUGCCGUCCGUCAUCCUAUAGCUUAUCGUAUUAGAUAGUGCUUAUUAAUAAAUAAAAAUAACUAAAUCAGUACUCUGUAUCAGAGUCACUGCGUUGCGGCGAUUUGAUUGUACUGAACGAAAUCUCUCUUUAUUAUUAUUAUACAUGUUUUAAUUAUUAUUAAUUGUAACAUUUGCGUUGACUGCUCGCCGGCGGCGGGCUACGACGAGGCAGCCGCCUGAGCAAUGCUUUAUUGUAAUAAACGUAUUUUAACAUCGCACAUUAUAAUAAAUUAAUCGAAAUUGAAAA